AUUUUUCCCAGGAUUCCCUAAAUUGUGACCUUCCAUUUUAAUGUUGACGUUGCAUUAAUUCAGCUUGCACUACAUGCUGUAUUAAGUUGGGUAGCACUAACACUAGUGGCUGGAGAGCAGGAUUUGGUAAUGAGAAAGCAGUUUAGUGCUUGUGGCUCAACCUAAGAAACUUCCAGUUUGUUGGCAAUGUGCUUAAUGUAGCUCUCGUAAAUCAGUCUUCCAUCGUCAGCUAACGAGGUAAUCGGAACUACGGACCGAGAAAAACGAAAUUACUUACAUUUAGCACGCUAGCUCGAGACGUAGCUACUCCAAGGUAGCAAGCUCGAUCGUUUGGUAACGUAACAUUAGCCGUCGUAUCUGUUCCCUUGUUUGAGGCCAUGCUGUCAAACUGAUCCCCCUUGUGGUAGAUUUUCCCAAGCGUGCUCUUGCUUGAUGGUGUCGGAGGCGAAGAUGGAAAAGAGCUGGCAGGACGUAGCGAUUCAGCAGGCCGAAUUGAUAUCAAGUCGUCUGAGAGAGCUAUUGUCCUCCGGCCUAGGCCUACUCCGCUCCGAGCUCGGGGUAGAUUUGGGUCUGAAGCCGGAGCUUUAUCCAUCUUGGGUUAUCCUCUUGACGGCGGUCAUUGGGUUGCUUCUGGUCGUGUUCUCAUGGGCCGCGGCCUGCAAUGGACUCUUCAGUGGAAGAAAGCGUGGAGCACGAGCGCGUGAAGAGAGCAGCGACAGCACAAAGGACUCGGUGACAAAGACUGUCAAAACCGAGGAGCAGAAGAAAAGGAACAAAAAGAAACCAAUUGAAAAGAAAACUCAGCCAAAUGGUCGUAUACUGGCAGAGCUGCAGGAGGCGGAUCAAGUUACUGAAGAAAUCCCAAAACCGUCCCCGGAAAUCAAAACCGAAAAGGCAAAGAAAAACAAGAAGAAACUAAAAACUGAGGCCAAGCAGGUGCUGAGUGCAUCCUCUACUGAUGGGAAGGAUCCAGAAGAAGCAGGUGCCUGGGAGACCAAGGUCAGUAACCGGGAGAAGAGGCAGCUGCGCAGGAAGGACAAGGUCCCUGGAGAUGGGUCUGGGAGCCCUGGAGGAGUGGACCCCGCCCUCACUGCACCUGUGGAGCCUCUUCCUGUGGCCAUCAGCAUGCGGAAGAGCAGAGGUGAGCCCUCACAUGCGAAGCAGGGGAAAGGAGAAGCGGUUGUAUCUCAGGUGUCUGCCAAUUGGAGUGAGAGGCCGGCGGUGAACGGUGGGGCAUGGAACGACACGUCCAUUAAGCUCCCGGCUCAGAUGAGCUCAUUGGACGGGGAGAAGUGGCCCAACAUCCUGAAAGAGGCUCCGCCCACCUGGUUGCUUGAGACUCCAGGUUCGUGGAGUGGCUUGGAUGUGAGGUUGAAGAAGGACCUGAAUCCAGUCUCCUUGUCUGUCAUUGGAUUGAGCACUACUGGAGAAGAGCCUGUGUCCCAGCCUGCUGCUGACCUUCCCUGCUUCUCUCAGCCUGUUGUGGAUGAUGUGUGGUCUGGCCAGAACGGGAUGCAAGACCCCAGCUCGGACUGGAACCCUCCCUCAGAGGAGUGGGGGAACUAUGAGGGACCCGAACCGGAGACCUCCACCCCACCACAGGACUCCACCCCCGAGGCUGUUAAGGAGUCUGAGGAUGAGAAGGAGAAGGGGGACGCCUCCGGCGGAGCAGGUGGCAAGCCCAAGAAGAAGAAGAAAAAGAAGAAGAAGCAGGACGAUGCUGGCGCUGCACUCCAGGAGUCGGCGGAGGGGGAGAAGGAGGCUGCGGCCGAGGUGGAGGUCCUGAAGCCCCCGGUCCAGGAGACGGUCCCCGCUGCAGGCGACGAGAGGCUAUUGGUGCAGGAGUCUGUGUCCCAGAAGCCCUCUUCACAAGUGCCACAAAGGCUGCCAGAGCCUGAGACCCCAGUGCCCACUGCCACGCAGAACAGCACUGCUCCCGCCUCACAGAAAAAAUCUGAAGAGAACUGGGAGUCUUCUAAGCAAGUCCCAAAGAAGAAGAAGGCCAGAAGAGAAACAUGAUUUCGAACUGGAGUCCUGCUAAUUUAUAUGCAAAACCAAUUCUGAAUUAUUCAUGCAAUAAUUGGAGUGUACAGUUAGUUUCUUUUUUUCGACAAAAACAUCAAAAGUAUUUUUUUCUUUUUUUUCCCUCUUUUUCUUUUUUGCUAAAAAAAAACAAAAAAACAAGCUUUGGAGCCAAACCACCACCUCCAGUAUCCCAAUACAGCUUAUGGGGUCCUGAGACCUGAGCUGGCUAUGUGCACUGUUUGCCACACUGCACUAUCUGAAGGAGGAAUGAACAUUUCACAUUGACAUGCGCUUGGGCACAAGAAUACAAUGUUUUUCUCUGCUCUGAUAUAAAUUCAGAUAUGCCUACGUACCCGUUUUAUACGUGGCAGGUAUUUGCUUUGAAAUGAAUAUCAUGAAAUAUCGUGAAACAAGUCCUCAAAAUUUGACUUUUAGACCUCUUCUUGAAUGCUUUUGCAUAUUGCACCUGAUGGUGAUGCUGCUGUUUACUGCAAGUGGCAGAUGAUCCAGGCCGUAGAAAUGAAAUGCUUAUGACAUAGCUCACAGAGAACACUAGGGGCAGUAGUGUGCUGAAGCUGACAGUAUCUGGCUGGUUCUCGAAAUGGGCCUGUGAAAGUUUGGGACUUUUGCAUGUUACUCACACUAAAAUAUGUUUCCCUGAGUGACACACUUUCCCACUUAUUUAGUUUUGUUACUGAAAUACAAGUGUUUUACUUGAAGACAUGGCUCUUCUUGGUUCUAUCCUCUCCCUCUGGCGACCUCUGAAAUAUAGCCAUGCAGUCUGUAAAGAAUCAAGGGGCCUUUUCUGUGGACGGAUGUCUUUUCUGUCAGUGCACUGUGCUGCCAGCUAUAGAAGGUCCUUAACAAAAGAACAUUUACUUACAUUACAGUAUUUAGAAGACUUUGGUAGAAUGUAAAGAUGUCAUUCCUGUUUUCUUUGGGGUUUUUUUUAUUGGUUACUUGUGGAGUACACUGUCAUGUGACCAGGAAAGGUUUGGACAAUUUGAACAGCUUUAAUCCAUAUGGGUCUGAUUUAUUCAAAUGGUUUUCAGGAAUGAAAUUCUAUUGCCUUAACCUGUAAGUAUAAUAUGAUGUGCUUUUUGAUGUAUUUACUGCUAGUUUGUUUUUUUCCUUUCUUCCAUCCUCUCACACUGUCAGUGCGGGCAGUGACUAGAGAAGGUGUCCACUUGGCUGAUCUUAAUUUUGCGUCAGAAAUGGAUUUACUUGUGCAUGAAACCAUAAACACGCUUGGACACUGCAAGUGAACACAAAAGAUGCGGGAGAUUUUUCUUACUGACUAGUAAUGCUGUGACGAGUACCACUCACUGUACAUAGCCUUUGCGUGUUAAAGUGGACCAUGAACUAUGAGUCGAGGUCUGUGGCAUUUGCCUACGCGUUACUCUGCAGAGCCUUGUUAUGCGGGGCCUUUGAAUGACAAAAGCGCACUGCAGUGCAUCUACUUGUUGCUCCGCCGUAGUCUGUGGAUCAGCCGGCCUGUGGUAUUGGAGGUAUUUGGUGUAGCUUCAGGAAAACCCUGCCUUAUUAGUGAUAGUCUGGGGUGUUUUUUUGUUUGUUUGUUUUUUUGUUUUUUGUUUUUUUUCUAAAUGACUGCAUUUUAAAUCUGUAUUUCUACUCGUUUCUGACUUAUGGAAACCUGUAUGAUUACAUAUAUAUUAAGGUGUUUGUUAAAUGAAAUAUUUCAAGAUGGAUUUGUUUGAAUAAAUUGAAACUUAAUCUGCUGAA